CCUCUAUAUAUUUUAUAUAUAUUCAUAGUUAAUUAAAACUUCAAUGCAAUUCAUAGAAGACAUCCCAAAAAAUGUUGAGUUUAUCGUUCGAGAUAAAUACUGCAUUGCUCGUGUUGAUGUGCCUCGGUCUGUUCAUUGCUCUAUUCUUCAAUCUACUUUCGGUUUUCACUAUACUUAGAAACAAGAGGUUCUGCACCGUGACAAAUUUUUAUCAAGUCAGCAACUGUUUGUUAAUAUCAGCCAUCAUUUGCAUAUCCGGAUGGAUGUUUCCUCUUUACGUUAUUUCAAGUAAUCACGUGACAUAUUCAAUGCGACUUUUUAUGAACAAAGUUAUCAUAUCAACAAACGCUUCCGUUACAGGACAUGAUGUUAUGAACGCAAUCGACAGAUAUAAUGCACUUUCAAGGCCAUUGAAGAUGAGAGCAAUAGCUGGAAAGAAAAGAUGCAUCGUAGUUAUAGGACUUAUAUGGAUAUUCAGUUCAGCCCUUUGUGUUCCAAACGCAAUGCGAUUAUUCGGAGAAAUUAAAAACAACAAUUCUACCAGAUUGUAUUAUGGCGAGAGCAAUUUGUCAACAAUACCAUUUGAAUCGAUAACAACAUCAACAAUGAACGAUUCAAUGAUGAAAACCAAUUUGAUCACACAACGUCUUGUUUCGGAACCAUUUGAAUGGUGGCCUAUAAUUAUAUUCGUAACACUUUUCUUAACUCCCUUUACAAUUAAUCUUACGUUGUUUAUAUUAACGGUAAAGCGUCUUCGGCACUCAGUGAAAGAUAUUUAUAAACUACCAGAUGGUAAUGGAAUACAUUGUAAAGAGAUAACUUCAAAGAUCACAAGACAAACGAAUAAGUUAAGAAGGUAUAGUCAAAGAGCACCACUGAAUCGACAAAGAACUCUUCGUUUCUCUGCUCCUCCUAAUUGUGUUAAAUCUCCAGCGGAUGAUCAAACUAUACCUACAAAAAAAUCUACGUAUAGGGAACGUGCACUUAGCGAACCUAACGGCCGAGCCACACUUCAACACAGAUUAUAUUCUAUGGUGUUUCCGUCCAUUUCAUUUGUUGCCGCGGUUCCCUUAAAUCAGGGUGAGCGUCGAAGUUCCGCACCAGGAAUCAUUUCUAUGAGAGUUACUCAAGACAGAGUGAAACCGGUUGUAGAGUCAAAAUUAUCCGUCGAUAGCGGAGUAUCAACGAUAUCCGGAACAGCAACAACCGCCAGUGAUGACGAAAGUCAACAAAUACAAGCAGCGAAGCAUCCUAGAAACAGAAAUGGCGUUGUUCCUACUUGGCUAUGGAGAAAUAGAAUAAAAGCAGUUCAGAAUCUUGCGUUUGCAUUGGCGAUGUUCUGCGUUGAAUGGUUACCAUAUCAUAUUCUGCUACUGCUUCAAGGAUGUUGUGAGGAUGAAAAUAAAAGCUUCAGAACAGAAAACGACUGGAUUUCGCUUUCACAAUAUAUCAAUGGAUUCUUCCUUGCACUAGUUGCGUUUACAAAUCCAGUUUUACACUGUGUCUGUUCUGCAUCAUUCAGGGAGAGUUUUAUGGCAAACAUGAGACGGUUGCUCAGUUGUGGGCUUCUCAAAUAUCCGGAAGAUUUACAGAAUAGUAGACGUCGCAGAAAUUCUACAUUACCAUAUUCUACUUCUAGAUUUACAUCCAUGCAUAGUCAAACUUUUACAACAAAAAAUAUAAUAUACGAUUUAUCUAAAACCGCAAGGUAAUGAUAUCGCGGAGAAACCUACUAAUUAAUUUAUACUGCCAUGAUUGAUGCCUGACUACACAUCACUAUCUGGUCAGCUUAAAGCAUGUUUGCAAUACCAUAAAAUUUUAAUUAAGCCCUUUGCAAGUCAUUAAUUUUGCUGAAUUUCCAAAUUUAUGAUUUUGAUUCUUCUACAACUCUUCAUAUUUUCUCUCAGUCCUUUAUUCUUCAUUCCGAAUAAAUAUAUUCAUUCUUCUUGGUUUUGGAGGUGCGUAUCAUGCAAGCACUCAAAUUUCUAAGCGAUAACAAA